CAAAAUUCUGCCACCACCAACUUUGCAAAAAAGCUAAGCACAAACGAAUCACUUUUGCGAUUGUUGAAAUUUAAUCGCAAAGAUGGGUCGUCUUCACUCCAAGGGCAAGGGUAUCAGCUCGUCCGCUAUCCCGUACUCGCGCACGCCUCCAGCAUGGCUGAAGACCACACCCGAGCAGGUCGUUGAGCAGAUCUGCAAGCUUGCUCGUAAGGGCGCUACUCCAUCACAAAUCGGUGUCACCCUCCGUGACUCGCACGGUAUCGCUCAGGUCAAGGUCGUUACCGGCAACAAGAUCCUGCGCAUCCUCAAGGGCAACGGCCUCGCUCCCUCCAUCCCAGAGGACCUAUACAUGCUUAUCAAGAAGGCCGUGGCCGUUCGCAAGCACCUUGAGCGCAACCGAAAGGACAAGGACUCGAAGUUCCGCCUCAUCCUCAUCGAGUCCCGCAUUCACCGCCUUUCACGUUACUACAAGACCGUUGGUGUCCUGCCACCAACCUGGAAGUACGAGAGCGCCACUGCCAACACCUUGGUCGCAUAAUCGCGUGUAUUCCAUAGUGGAAAGGCAUGAUGUGUGCAUGGGACAUGGCGUUUCUUUUCUAAGCAAAGGGCAUGACAUGGGACAAAAAAGACUAUGAUUCGGAAUCAAGCUUCAUCUUAAGUGGCUUUUCACGAAGUAGGGCGCACGCGCCGACUCUAGCAGAUGGAAGAUUAUACUCCAAUGCAAACAGUCCAAUUUUGCUUUUUGCUUAGAUGCAAUCCUUCUUAUUCGCAACUUCUGUAGACACUUGCUCGCCGUGACUCUUGCUUUGACACAUAUAUAUUAC